GUGUACUAAUUCAUUUUUCGUUUUUAAACAUAUUUCUGCUUCCUAUAUUUCCGCCCUUACGCAAUCAUUAUGCAAGCAACUGAGCCCGAGCGUGUGAAGGAGCUCGAAGCGGCGAUCUCUCUGCGAAGGAAAGAGAUUGAAGAUCUUGAGAAGCAAAAGGCGCUAUUCCAAUCGGAAGCGCUGGGUUCGGAUUCGAAGCUGCAGCACGAUCCCCUUCUUUCUUCCUUUCCAGUUAUUGAGAACUAUGUCGAGUGCUCAAAAAGAUCCAUCCAGGACAUCCCUGUGGAGCAGGUGGUUCAUGUACUGUCGCAGCUCACCAUUGCGGAUAGGGCGAUUAUUAAGCAGAACAACAACGAUGCUGCUGAACUGAAGGGUUUACAGCGUGAGAUUGAGAAGCAGCAGAACAAACACAACUUGCUUUCCUCCAAGCUCCGAGAGCUAUCGGAUUCCAUCGGCCUCAGUCGACUCUCCGCGAGUCAGCAACAGCAGUGUGCCAACAUCCCCCCUUUGAAGGAAUUAAAAGCUCGGAAGAAGCUUGUUCAACGAGAAAUUCAAGCAGGGAAUGUCGUGCGCGAGAAGAAAGGUAAUACCAUCACCAAACUUUCUGCUAUGGUAGAAGCCCGCAGAUCUCUUAUCGAUGAAAUCGAUCAACUGUACAACCAGUUGCGUGUCGUAGAUUGUGAUACAACCAUUGAGAUGGAGAAAAUCGAACGCCUGAACGCUGAGGUAGAGGAUGCGGACUUAUACCUGGAGCGGAAGCGACAGGAGCUGGACUCGGUUUCAUUUUUAUUGGUUAGACAAGACGCAAUGGAACUCAAAACUGAAAAAAACGAGGUCGUGAACUCGCAACGCAUUCCACAGGAACGAGUUGUGAAAGCACAGGACUAUCGAUUGGCUCAGUUAGAGAAGCGCUUGAAGGCAGUUGAGAAAAUUCUCCACAAUAACUAUCUUAAACGUGACGUCGACAAAAUUCUGAUUAACAAGUGGUCCUCCAAUACUAUCGACGUCUCAAAGGAUCCCAAGGACCUCUAUGAUAUUGAGCAGAUUAUUCCAGCACAGGAAAAAAUUCACCCCGGUGUGUAUAACCUCUUUCUUAGCGAAAAAGAGAAGGUGUCUCACACUGUGAGCCUACUAAACAUUGGAACGAAGGAGAAGGAAGAGGUCAUUGCGUCGCUAGUUUGCAAGCUGGAAGCGUUGUGUUGUGAGUUCAACAUGAUCAUAGAGGAGUUAGAUGAGCUUACUAUCAAGGCUACUCACAUCGAGGAGGCAGAGCGAAAGCGGGCACUUGCGUUUAUUCAAGAACAGCGGUCCUAUAUUUACACACUCACGCAUGAGAAAAAAAAGUACUCAGGUAGUUCUAUGAGACAGUAGUGUUUUUGAUAGUGAUACUCAGUUGGAUUCCCCAUGCCCUAUACCCCUCUUUCUUUUCUUUUACUCUUCCUUCCAAAUGCAUGAGACACGCCUUUUCGAUUUGGUGGUUGCUAUGUGGGGGAGAAUUCUCGUGAAAAAAUAGAAAAACUGCGAGAAAAUACCCGAUAGAGGUGUUAGUAUAUGUGGACAUAAGGAAAAACAUCAUAAAAACUUAACCUUGAAAGAAGUUAGAGAAAAUGUCUGUUUUCAGUAUUCAAAUCAAGAGAAUAUCGAUCUAUAUAUAUGUUCGGUAGAGUUUUUGGUUUAUUAAUGCUGAGAAUCAAUACCCUCCUCGUUUUUGAGUUUUGAUACAAGCGUUCGUAGAAAACUUGGCGAUAUUAAUGGUAACUAUUAUUACCGUUGUUG